AAGAUGGACAAAAACAAGUGUGGCCGUGACCGCCACGGACCCAGCCGGAGGCGGGAAAACCAGCCGGCAGGUCCGGCACCGUCUUCUUUCAGUUUUAGCCGGACUGGAGGCCGCCGCGGCUUCACCAGGAAGGUGGCCGACCGGCGAUAUUAGUCAAACGCCUAUUUGGUCACAUCGCGGCCGGAGCAGGGUCGACGGCGUAACUUUCUUUUCGGGGGAAAAAUUGAGUCCUCCUCGAGCGGGAGGAUUGGAGCCAAAAAGCGGGGAAGGGAAAAAAAAUACAUUAAUUAAUUUCUCUUAUAAAAUCGGCAUUGCAACAUCAGAGAGGCAGUUGGAGGAAAUUCUUAUCGCGUGGCCAACUCGCUGGUUCUUUCUAUCGACAAUCCGAGGGCACCGGAAUUGUGCUUCUUGGAAGCUCUCCGGCGGUGUUCGAGGAAUUACUGGGGUCGAAUUCGGGGACGUUUCUGAAGGCGGCGUUUCUGGCGAGUUCCGGUUCCCGAUUUAUUUUCCUGCCAACUGAAUGCGGCUUGCGUGUGGGAAGACUUAGAGGGAUAAUUUUCUUUUAGCGGAACGAUUUUCCUGCGUGGGGUUUUCGUUAGCGUGGAUCGAGCAGUGGAGGAAAGGAAAAAGGAAGGGGAUCCGGAAGGGGAUGAGGUUAAGAUUCGCGUGCAGAGUUGGGGGUUUCCGCGCUUCCAGUUUUCGGAGUUUAAGGAUUAGGGUUUUUUAGUUUCCUGAUUGGCUAUUCUUUCUAGUGAUCGGGUAUUCAUGCAGGAGGAGAUUGCCCCCACAAUGGGCGCCCUGAAGCGUUGCAGUAGCGAAGAGGAUUUUUACGGGGAUUUUUCCCCAAGUGCGAAGAAACGGAAGGGAAAUUUCCCUCGCCUCGAUCUCUUGGGCGACGUUGCUGCGGCUGGCUUGGUUUUGAAGAAUGGCGUUGUCUAUUCGCCUGCCUACGGUGGAAGUCGGCGAAGUGAGGAUCCGGAGGACAUCUCUUCUCUUUGCACGGAAGUUUCUUGUUGCUCCGGAGAGCCGGAAUCCGUGAAGAAUCCACGGAGAAUCGGGAAUGGGGAUCUACCGGGAGAGGUAAGGCAGGUUCCAGCGACGAGGAGGUCAAGCGGCCGAGUUCCUGUUUUGCCGUCUCGGUUAAGGGAUUCAAUACUCGAUCCUUGGAAGAAAACCACUGUGAAGGACGUAAAAUUUGACGCUGCAAUUGCUAAGGAGGAGAAGAUGAAAGGGUAUAGUUCUCAAGAAUCGGUGGAAUCUGCAGAAGAUUGCAUUCCCGAAGUUGUUCCAAAAUACACAUGGGUGAGGAACUCCAGUUCUGUUAGUUCUUUCACGUCCGAAAAGGAAGGGACAGCUUCGAACCGGAAGAAGAGCAGCGUCCAGAGUAAAGUUGAGAAGCUAAGGAGGUUCAUCGAGCCCCUAGCACAGAACAGGAUGCAGUUCUUCAAUCGGUUGGCAGAGGAGAGAUCGAUAGUGAUGGACGAGGCGGGGAAUUUCCCAGUGGGCAAGGUAAAGAAUGGACAUUCUGUUUACAGGCUGGAGGAUUUUGCUCUCGGUGACGUUGUUUGGGCGAAAUCGGCUAAGAAGUAUCCGGCUUGGCCUGCAAUCGUGAUCGACCCGAUGCUGCAAGCUCCACAAAGUGUCCUGAACUCGUGCAUUCCCGGAGCUCUGUGUGUAAUGUUCUUCGGGUAUUCAGGGAAAGACAGAGAAAGGGAUUAUGCGUGGGUUAAACAAGGGAUGGUGUUCCCUUUUAUGGACUGCUUAGACCGAUUCCAAGGCCAGACGCAGCUAUUCAAGAGCAAGCCUAGUGAUUUUAGGCUAGCCAUAGAGGAGGCGUCCUUGGCAGAAUAUGGUUUUUUCGAUCCCCAGAGUGAUGGAGUGAGCGAGGAUGGGCAGGGGUUAUACCUUUCUGCCAAUUCUAGAGGAGCCCAGGAAGCUACUGACUCGAACCAAGAUCAGGAAAGCAACUCACAGGACGAGGAACUGCUGCCAACUCGGGAACCAGGACCAUGUUGUCAUAGCUGUGGUGGCAAUCUUCCUUCUAAAAGUUCCAAAAAAAAGAAAGGCAGCUCUUCAGGCGUGCUGUUAUGCAAACACUGCUCUAAGUUACUCAAAUCUAAACAGUAUUGUGGCAUCUGCAAGAAGAUUUGGCAUCAUUCAGAUGGUGGUAGUUGGGUACAAUGCGAUGGUUGUAAGGUUUGGGUACAUGCCGAAUGUGAAAAGCUUAGCAGCAAUUGUUUCAAGGACUUGAAGGAUGCUGAUUACUUCUGCCCAGAGUGCAAAGAAAAGUCAAAUCCUGUUACCAAAAUAUCAGCAAAGUGGCAGCAAGAACUAAGGUCACAAAAUGGUUCACAGCAUUAUCCAGUUCCAGAUGAGCUCAAAGUUGUGUGCACAGGGGUGGAAGGGAUAUACUUUACGAAACUUCACCUAGUUAUGUGUGGAUGUGGUUCUUGUGGGAACAACAAGAGGACAUUAAGUGAUUGGGAACGACACACAGGUUCAAAAAAGAAAAAUUGGAAAGCUAGUGUUAAAGUGAAAAGCACAUUGAUGCCACUCAGUCUUUGGAUUGAUCAGGUUUCAGCUUAUGAUCCCCAUGGUCUUCUUUAUUUAAAUCCAGAAAAUGGCAGUUCUAUGCGUCUAAGCAAGAAAGGUCUACUAACUUACCUGCAGGAAAAAUAUGAUCCAGUUUUUGUUAAUUGGACUACUGAAAGAUGUGCCAUAUGCCGGUGGAUUGAAGAUUGGGAUUACAAUAAAAUUAUCAUUUGCAUCAGAUGCCAAAUAGCUGUUCAUCAAGAAUGUUAUGGAGCUAGAAAUGUGCAGGAUUUUACUGCUUGGGUUUGCAGAGCAUGUGAGACUCCUGAUAUCAAGCGGGAAUGUUGCCUCUGUCCUGUCAAAGGUGGUGCCUUGAAACCGUCAGAUGUCAAACCACUCUGGGCCCAUGUUACAUGUGCUUGGUUUUCUCCUGAGGUUUCUUUUUCAAGCGAUGAGGCCAUGGAGCCUGCAGUCGGAAUACUGAAAAUCCCGAUGAAAUCCUUUCUUCAGGUCUGUGUCAUCUGCAAGCAAAUGCAUGGUUCUUGUACACACUGUUGCAAGUGUUGCACACCAUAUCAUGCAAUGUGUGCAUCAAGGGCAGGCUACCGAAUGGAGUUACACUGCAUUGUGAAAAAUGGCAGGCAGAUUACAAAGAUGGUUUCAUACUGUGCCUCACACAGGGAUCCAAAUCCAGACACAGCUUUGGUGAUAAAGACACCUCAAGGGGUGUUCACGAUGAAAGGAACCCAGGGCAAGGAGAAACAUACUCUUUCAAAGACAAUGUCAUUGGACAUGGAAGUUCCUAGAGGAGCAGGUUCACAAGCUCCACUGCCAGUGUCAUCAUCUGCUGCAAAAUGUCAGACCUUUGAAAAGACUGUAAACAGGGUAGCAAGGUGUCCUAUAGCUCAUCGGUUGAUGGGUGCUCACCAUCACUCCAUUGAGAUAAUUCAGGGCCUUAAUUCAUUUGCGGAGGAAAAGGACCCUAUAUAUUUUGUCACUUUUGAGGAUCGCCUGUCAUAUCUACAGUUAACGGAGAAAAAAAGAGUAUGCUUUGGAAGAUCUGGAAUACAUGGUUGGGGUCUCUUUGCACGGCGAAAUAUUAAAGAGGGAGAGAUGGUACUUGAAUAUCGAGGUGAGCAGGUUAGACGCAGUGUUGCUGACUUGCGUGAGGCACGUUAUCAGGCAGAGGGCAAGGGCUGCUAUCUGUUCAAAAUUAGUGAAGAGGUAGUUAUUGAUGCUACAGAAAAGGGGAACAUAGCACGGCUUAUCAAUCAUUCUUGCAUGCCAAACUGUUAUGCAAGAAUCAUGACUGUUCGUGGUGUGGAGUGCAGAAUAGUUCUCAUUGCCAAGACUGAUGUUCUUGCUGGAGAUGAACUAACGUACGACUAUCAAUUUGAGGUUGAUAGUGAUGAGUGUAAAGUCCCCUGUCUCUGUAGAUCGCCCAACUGCCGGAGAUUCAUGAACUAGAGAUAUGCUAAUUAACAUGCCCCUACUUCCCUGCGGCGAUUUGUAAGCAUCAAAUCAAAGCUGCUGGAUAUUGGGAAAUUGGAUAGACUAAUCUCCACUGAUUUACUUAGGCCGAUAUUUUAUGCUGAUCCUCCUGCUCCGUGUCAGAUAGCUGAAAUCCUCGAUCCAUUUUUUUUAUAAUUCUUUAAAGUGUAAUAAGCUCUGCUGAUAUCAUCGUAAAUUUGUAAAUGUUGGUGAAAGUACCAAUUGUUCACAUUGUUAUACGUGCAAUUCGAUAUUCAAGAUUUAUUUCAUUGUAA